AUGGCCGAAAAGACAGCCGUCGUCACCGACAAGGCACCGAAGGCCCUGCCCGGCAUCUACAGCCAGGCCAUCAAGGCCAACGGCUUCGUCUUCGUCUCGGGCGCCGUCCCCAUGGACCACGAGACCAUGAAGAUCAUCGACGGCGGCGUCCAGGCCCACACGCCCCCGCUCGCUCACCUGCUGACCUCCGCUGUGCAGCACCAAUGCAUCAAGAACCUAACGGCCAUCCUCGAGGCCGCGGGCUCCGAUAUCAACAAGGUCGUCAAGGUCAACGUCUUCCUGUCCAACAUGGACGACUUUGUCGCCAUGAACGAGAUCUACAGCCAGUACUGGGGCAAGGUGAAGCCAUGCCGCACGUGUGUUGCGGUUAAGACGUUGCCCCUGAACGUGGAUGUCGAGAUUGAGUGCACGGCUACGUACUAA